GAGAAUUUGGUGGGGGGAUUCGUUUUGGGUGCAGAGAUAAAAGAGCAAGUUUGUAAAUUUUUUGAAUUUCGGUUGUUUUUGUGAAUUGGGUCUUUCCGCUUUUGUGGUGGAGAUUUCCCAAUUUGGGGUUAGAAUGAGUUCUACCUUAACGGAGGAAUUUGUACCUGGAAGGAAGCUACUUAUUCGAAUAGUCGAGAACGGCCGCAAUUUCGAUCUUCAAUGCGAUGAAUCCACGCCUGUUGAAGCAGUUCAACGAUACUUAGAGCCAGUAUCUGGAAUUCAAUUGGGUGAUCAAGUUCUCUUCUGCCAGGAGACGAAGCUUGAAGCUCAAAGGCCCUUGUCGGCGUACAAGCUCCCUAGCGAUGGCCGCGAAGUUUUCGUCUACAACAGAGCUCGAAUGCUUAGCGAUUCGCCUCCACCUCCACAAGAGCGAAUCGAUAUCCCUGAAAUCAGUGAACCUCCAAUGCCUUCCUCAAAUCAAGACCCCCACCCUCUGGAUGAUGCUACUGACCCUGCUCUCAAGGCAUUGCCUUCAUAUGAUAGGCAGUUUAGAUAUCAUUAUCAACGUGGGAAUGCUAUAUUCACCUGCACCCUAUCGAAGUUUAAGGAUUGCGAGAGGCUUCUUGGAGAGCAGAAGGUGCAAGAGAGGGCUGUAGAGACUGCUAAGGCUAGCAUGGAUCAUUACUAUCGGAUGAUUUACCAAAUGUACAUGGACUUCAUGAAGUGUUACUCACAGCAGCAUCGCUACCAUUCGGACCUCUUGGCGAAUGUCGGCAGAGAUAUAGAGAGACUGAGAUCUUGCAAAGUCCAUCCAGCCUUGCAGACACAAACUAGGAAGUGCUUGCUUGAUUUUGUGAAGGAAGAAAAUUUACGGAAGUGGGCUGAUAAUUGUAGCAGUUCACACAGGCAAUUUGAGGCCAAGGUUAUGCAAUUAAAGCAGAUGUUCAAUGAACUGAAGCGUCGGGUUGAAGAACUUUAUGCUAGUAAGGCUUCAGUUGCUAUAAGGGAUUUGGAGUUGAUGAUAAAAGACCAUCAGCGGUAUCUCAAGGAGCAAGAGAGUAUAAAGCAGUCUUUGAGUAAGGAUGUCAACACUGUGAAGAAACUAGUCGAUGAUUGUCUGAGCUCCCAACUAUCUGCUUCUCUCCGUCCUCAUGAUGCAGUUUCCGCUCUGGGUCCAAUGUAUGAUGUCCAUGACAAGCAUCACUUACCAAAAAUGCAGGCUUGUGAUCAUUCAAUUUCGAAGCUGCUCGAUCUCUGCAUGGAUAAAAAGAAUGGCAUGAACCUCUUUGUGCAUAAUUGCAUGCAAAAGAUAGCUUAUGUUCAAUUUUUGAUCAGAGAUGUCCGUCUACAAUUUCCUGCUUUCAAGGAGGCAAUGGCACGACAAGAUGAUCAUUUUGAAGAUCUAAAAUUGCUACGUGGAAUUGGACCUGCAUACAGGGCAUGCCUUGCAGAAGUGGUGAGGAGGAAAGCUUCAAUGAAGCUUUACAUGGGCAUGGCUGGACAAUUGGCAGAAAGGCUUGCAACAAAGAGGGAGGUUGAGGUCAGAAGACGAGAGGAGUUUUUAAAAGCGCAGAAUGCCUUCAUUCCUCGGGAUAUAUUAGCAUCCAUGGGAUUGUUUGAUACUCCAAAUCAGUGUGAUGUCAAUAUUGCUCCUUUUGACACUAAUUUGCUUGAUAUUGAUAUUGCUGAUGUUGACCGUUAUGCUCCUGAAUAUUUGGUUGGAAUUCCUUAUAAAGGCGAGAAGCAUAAAACACAAAAAGGGUCCAUGUCAACGUCAAAUGAUAGUUCCAACUUGGCUGAAGGUGAAGGAAAUACUGUAGAAUCAUCUGAGAAAGGUGACUCUGAUGACCUCCUCGAGGGCUAUGAGUCGGUAGAAAUUGCUGGAACGAGCAAAAUUGAAGUUGAAAAUGCGAGACUGAAAGCUGAACUUGCUUCUGCGAUAGCCCUGAUUUGCUCUUUUAGUCCUGAUAUGGAAUACCAAUCACUAGAUGACAGUAAGUUGGACAGUGUACUGAAGAAUGCGGCUGAGAAGACAGCAGAAGCCUUACAGCUGAAAGAUGAGUAUGGCAAACAUCUUCAGUCAAUGCUAAGGAUGAAGCAGAUGCAAUGCCUGUCUUAUGAGAAACGCAUUCAAGAGCUGGAGCAGAGAUUAUCUGAUCAAUAUGUGCAAGGGCAGAAACUUCCAGGUGGUAAGGAUGCCUCUGAGUUUAGCCACUCAUCUUUGAAGGCUGAUGACUGCAAAUCAGAAAUAUCAGGUGAUGGAGAAGCUCAGAUGCCUUACAUCUCUAGUGAACCCAUGGAUGAGCUUUCAUGCACGUCAGCUUUAUUGGAAUCCAAACCAGAGCAGUUUCAACGGCAAUCGAGCAAAGCACGAGAAGGUGUGGAUGAAAAUAUGGCUGAUUCUUCGGGUAUGCUAAAUCCUCUGUUGGAUUCUUCCAUGUUGGAGCCACAUCGAGAUGAACUGGAAGCAGGUAAUAAAGCAGGACAAGAGAAGAUGGUGGGGCAGUUGGCUUUGCCACUAUCAACCAGCUCGACUGCUGAGACCACAUUGGAGCCUCUGAACACGUUGCCUUGUCAAACUGCAGUUGAGCAAGAUUCAGCAUCUAAUAAUGUAGGGGGUUAUCUUUUAUUGGAACUGCAGAAGGCACUAGCAGACAAGUCUAAUGAGUGCAGUGAGACUGAAACCAAGAUCGAAGCUGCUUUAGAGGAGGUAGACAAUUUGAAGAGAGAACUGGAAAUCAGCCGUAAACUGCUAGAUGAAUCUCAGAUGAAUUGUGCUCACUUGGAGAAUUGUCUGCAUGAAGCGAGAGAGGAAGCCCAUACUCAUCUUUGUGCUGCUGAUAGAAGGGCCUCAGAGUAUAGUGCACUGCGGGCGUCUGCUGUGAAAAUGCGAAGCCUUUUCGAAAGACUACGGAGCUGCAUUACUGCAACAGGUGGAGUGGCUAAUUUUGCUGAUUCCUUACGUUCUCUGGCUCUAUCAUUGGCCAAUUCUGUCACUGACAAUGAAGAUGAUUUUACUGCGGAGUUCCGAACGUGCAUCCGGGUCCUUGCAGACAAAGUGGGUUUUCUGUCUCGACACCGUGCAGAGCUGUUGGACAGUUGCUCAAGGGCUGAAGUUGCACAUGGGCACCUUACGAAGGAGCUAGAAGAGAAGAAAGAAUUGGUUAAAAGUUUAUACGCAAAACAUCAACUUGAGAAGCAGGCAAACAAGGAGAAGAUAUCAUUUGGUCGUUUUGAACUCCAUGAGAUUGCUGCCUUUGUCGUCAAUUCUACUGGGAGCUAUGAGGCAAUCAACAAGAACUGCUCUAACUACUAUCUGUCUGCGGAAUCGGUUGCCUUGUUUACAGAACACCUCCCAAACAAACCAAGUUACAUAAUUGGUCAGAUAGUCCACAUCGAACGGAAAACUGUGAGGACACCACCUGUUCGGACUGAGCAUGGGAUAGAUCAAGUUGAUCACCUCAGCUCUGAUACGGGUACCCACCACCGUUUAGCUCUGGGAUCGGCAUCCUCAUCUAACCCAUAUGGCCUCUCUAUUGGUUGUGAGUAUUUCAUAGUUACAGUAGCAAUGCUACCUGACACCAAACUUCAUUCGUCAUCUCCUCCUUCCUGAUCCUGCUACAGGCAGACAGAUAUGAUGGAAAGAAACCAAGUGUACAUAUUUUAUAAAUAUGGGGGAAAAUUGAACCUUGCUAGGGAUGGGUUGAAUUCCUUCCUCUUUGUACAGCUGAUACCAAUCUCUGAUAAAUUUCCCACUUUUUUGUGUAUAUGCUCUGCCCCUCUGUAAUUUGAAACUGUGAAUAAUUCCUCGGCCCUUAAUCACUAAUUGUUCUCAAUUCGUUCAUCUUUCCUGCUA